AUGAAUGAAACGCAAACCUUGGCUCGAUUUCGCGAGACAUUUACCUACCAAAGGCAUCCGGGAUUCGAAUUCGGCAGGCAAGCAUACCUUUGGGUCCUAGGCCAUUACUUGGAACUUGAAAGUCAAUUGGAAGACGAGGAGGACGAGCACGAAUGUGAAGAAUAUAGGGCCGAGCUCACUAUUGCGCUGAUGAAGCGUUUUCGCGAAUUUGAGCAUGGCGUCGACGAUCACGGAAUUUUCAGACCUAUUUCUGACGAAGAAUGA